UAAAUAAAAUUUACUUAUUUUCAAAAGCGUUUUACAAUAAAAAGACACGUCAGUAUUAAAUUGUUUACCUUUUUACUAAUGCUAAAAAUUAAGUAUAAAGCAAAGCAAUUAUACAUUUAUAAUUGACCAGAAUCCUACCUACGCGAAACUUUUGAAUUAUAAUGUAUAAAUAUUUUGAUAUUUUAUUCAGAAAGAAGUUUCCUUAAUAAAAGAUUAAUGAAAGAAGAUUUCCAAAUGUUUUGUAAAAAACACUGAAUGUUUCAGAAUUCUGAACGAAACCUUGCACGCAUGACAUUGACAGUUGCACGCACCUCACAUCCGUUUGCUUCGAACGAAAAUGUUUGAUAAAAGUUGAUAAGAAUGCGCCCAACGCCGCAAGAUCACUCGAGCGAGGACCUUUGAGUUUAUCGUACGAUACGUGACGCCGCGGAACGUCUGUGAUUACUCGCGCUCGCGGCACUGAAGCCUCGUCAGUUUAGUAUCUAAGCGUGUAGUGAUGAGUUUCCGGAGGGAAGUGUUGCAAGUGGUGUCGGGCUGGCAGGCCGUGGAGCUGGUGUUGAAGUGUCUGUUGCUGGGUGUGUGGCAGUUGGCGCAGAUAGCGGUCAAGCGGCUCUGGAAGGGGCCCCGCAGAAAAGCGCUUAAAAACUCGCACGUAGAGGUCACCGUCGACUCCUCGAUCGGAAGACACUGCUACAUUAAGAUUAUGGGUGUGAAGUACCAUUAUAUAGAAACAGGCCCAAAGACAGGUCACAAAGUACUAGUCCUCCCAGAUGCACCAGAAACUGCAGACCUGUGGGGUCCGAACUGGUGCUACAUGGUGAAGCAGCUGGCAGACACUGACCACCACAUCAUCACGCUGGACCUGCGGGGAACGGGGGCGAGUGAGGGAGGCAGCCGGAGCGACUUGUCUCCUCCGAGGGCUGUAGAGGAGCUGGCCAAGCUGAUGUCAGCACUGGGGGUGUCGGAGCACAAUCCCGCCACUGUCAUUGGGUUUGGGAUUGGAGGAAUGCUUACAUGGUAUUUAGCGCACUGCCAUGGCGGCCUCGUGAGACGCAUGGUGGCGGUGGGCGCGCCGCACCCUAAUCUCUACUGGCAGUUUCCGCCCGCGCCCUUUUGCCGCGAAGCGUUGCACUUCAUACAGUGGCCCCACUUCCCGGAGCGCUGGCUGGCGGAGAGCGGCGACGGCAGCCGCUGCACGCGCGCUAGGGAUUGGGUCGGCGCGCUGCAUUAUGUGAGAGGCGCGGCAUGGUGGCGCGUGCGGACGGGGGCCCUCGUGUCCGCGCCGGCGCUGCUGGUGGGCGGGGAGGGCGGCGCGCCCGAGCUGGUGAGCUCCGCGCAGCACUGCGCCGCGCCCACGCUGCGGCUCGUGGCCAGCCCGCUGCCCGACGACCCGCAGCUGCCGAGGGUGCUCGCAGACUUCCUCAAACCGGUGGAGAAGUUCCCGGGGAAGGAGCCGGUGCGCGCCGGGCUGGUGGGGCGCAUGCUGAGCCGCGGCCGCGAGCUGACGGCGCGCCUGGCGCUGCCGGCGCAGGCCUGACCGCGUGUGGCCCGGCGCAGGCCUGACCGCGUGUGGCCCGGCGCAGGCCUGACCGCGUGUGGGCCGGCGCAGGCCUGACCGCGUGUGGGCCG